UUGUUGCGACUGAAACUCAAUCCACUUCCUGUGUCAUCUCACUGCUGCAGGUUCUAGAUGAUUGAUAGCUGCCUGCAACUAUGACUAUGUAGCUGAACAGAAAAGUGAAACCUGCUACAUCAACCGUCUGAUAGUGAGUCAGAGUGGUAGCCGUGCAAUGCGAAUUCAUUUCACAGCCAUGCAGAAGUUACGAUCACUAGGUCAGAGGUGCAGGCAAGAGUGGCGCGACUUCAAAUUGAUAUUGUACAGUGUAUUUUAUAAUGAGUUGAACAACUAUUCAACCAUCAUUGAUGCAAGUUUUGAACCUCUGUAUUGGUUUGUGGAUAACUUUACAAGGUAUCUUGGGCCACUAUUUGUUGUGCUGGUAGUCUGCCUGACAACAUCCGUUGUGGUGAUCUUCUAUAUCUGCCUCCUGCCCGAGAAGUAUUACAUGAGUCUGGGAUGGACUAUUUACCACCUCAUCUUUGGACACUGGUUAUUGGUGAACAUUGUCUUUCAUUACUUUAUGGGUGCUUUCACAGAUCCAGGACAACCACCAGAGUCAAUUCCAGAGAGUGUCUCAAUCUGCAAGAAGUGUAUUGCCCCUAAACCUCCAAGAGCCCAUCACUGUAGUAUCUGCAAUAAGUGUGUGCUCAAGAUGGAUCACCAUUGUCCUUGGCUCAAUAACUGUGUCGGUCACUACAACCAUCGCUACUUCUUCAUGUUCUGUUUCUACAUGUUUCUGGGCAGUCUUUAUGUCACAGUCAGCGCCUACCCAUUGUUCAAGAUCCAUUUUUACUCAGGAAUGGAACCUGCCUUCCAUCCUGCUCUCUAUCCACUCAACCUUGCCCAUACAACACUCAUGAGUGUUCAGGCCGAGCCAAAUCCUCCAUCUGUUGAAAAGAAACCAACUGAGGAAGAUCAGUCCGAGUGGAAGGAAGAAUAUGCCGAUCGUCUGCUUCACUAUUUUAUUAUUUAUGAGUUUAUGUUGUGUUCCGGCGUGGCUGUUGCCUUGGCCGCUCUCACCUCGUGGCAUGCUCGAUUAAUUUCAUUGGGGCAGACGAGUAUAGAGGUUCAUAUCAACUCCAAGGAAAAGAGUAGAAUGAAAAGAAAAGGUCUGGUGUUCAGGAAUCCAUAUAAUUUUGGUUGUAUACGAAAUUGGAAAAAGUUCUUGGGUCUAACUCAUGGAAGAACAUUCUUCCGUCAUGUCAUCUUGCCAUCUGCUCAUUGCCCAGAGAAUAACGGCCUCCAAUGGGAAACAUCCUCUUACAAGAUAGACAGCGGCGGACUCCUCCUCAUAUGACGAUGGUUCUCUUUCAAGAAGCACAAAGAUUAGUUUGUUUCUAGUCCAGAAGUCUCACUGUUUAUUUUAGUGACUUCCUCGGUUUUGCAUGUUUUAUGUUUACGGGUUAAAUACAUGUACAAAUGUACAGCAAUCAAGGCGUGACGAAGAGUCAGCAAUUUGAAUCAAGUCACUGUCAAAUAGCCCUUGUCAUUUUGAGUUGUUUUUUGGAUGCAAUGCCCACCAUUCGUGAGGUGGACUAUUGUCUCACAGAUUCCAAAUGUAUUUUGACGCUUUCUCAUGAUAUUAGAGCUACUGCUCAACUUGGUGUGGGCCUUCCGUAAUGGUGGGAUUGCUUCCAGAUUUCCUUCAGUACAUUCCACUUUGUGUUAUGGUUUCUUAUUUUUGGAAAUUUUGUUUCUGUGCUUCUUGGAAGAAAAA